AUGAUCACUCAUCGUGGUUUCUCAGCAUCGAUUGUGGCUAAUGGGAAGCCGCUUCCAGAAUACCUGGUGGCAGUUGACGCGACUAAUCACCGUGUAUCGUGUUGGAUCCCAAGUGAAGAUGGUCAGGAGAGUGUUGAGUUGCACUGGCAGGACCAUGGCGGCAAGAUUGAUACAUGCUCUUUUAUAACUCUGGACGGAUUCACUGUCCCCGGAAGGUUCCUCUACGGCUGUGGAACUGCUUAUAGAUCUGGAGUCAGGACAUCAAAGAGGACCGAGAGGCCUUUUAUCUUCCAGCAGAUAACCGAGUCGGAAGCGGGCAGAUCAUCUUCCGGAACCUCCCAGAGAGACGUUGGAAUGAUUACUUUGCGUAUCAAGAGAGUAAAUCGCGUUUCCAGUCGACCACCGAAUCCCCACUUGACGCUGCCAACCUCAAGACAGGGUGUAUCACAGCCUGGCGACAUCCGUGUCGGGUUCGGCGACGAGGUAUCGUCCUUCGAGCAGCAUGGUUUCACUUGGGGAGUCCGACCGUUCCAGCCAGAAUCGACUAGCAGAACGCCUAGCACCUAUGUAACCUUUGUAUUCCGCUAUCGGUCGCGAGUGUUCUUACGCGCUCAAGGAAUCCUGCCUGAGAAAGAGCCGUCUCCCGUUUCGACUCCAAGUCCCCAAGCUAGCUCAAGCAGUCAAGCAAGCUCAAGCGCUCAUGCCGGUGUCCCCAACCGUCGGAUUGCGAGUGCACCGGUCACAAGUCCAGGAUCUGCCACUUCUCCGCCUGCGUUCAUCACUCCCGCACCUUCACCCGCAAUACCGUCUGGACCGACUAGCUCAGCUUCGUCGCCUACAGUGAAACCAUCCUCAAGGAGGUCAUCUUCAGCCAAGGCAAGGUUGUAUAAUAGCGGUAAUCGUAUGCCGAGUACAGAUACUCGUAGAUCAGUCAGUAUGAGGCCGAUCCCAUACACGUCAACUAGAUUACCGGGUCCAGGAACGAUUGGAAUCAGCAGGACGCCGCUGCAGCCUCAAAACCAAGAAGGCAACAAUAAUCGACCCGACGCCAAUGAUGACUAG